AAUAGUUUUCGUGAGUUGAAAAAUAAAUCUCGUGAAAAUGAGUUGUAUAAGGAGAGAAAUACAUAAAAUAGUAUUAACGAAUACAAAAAUGUCCUACUCUUGUUGACAAUCUCUUGGGUUCCGUUGAAAAUCGUUGAAAAUUUCAAAACAACGUAAUUGAAAACUUAGCCGGCUUACAUUCGUUUUUAAGCCGCCGCCGACAUCUUUAGUGUCAGCAGCCGUAGCCGUUAAUAUUGUCGGCGCAGGUUUCUGGUUCUCUUUAAUAUGCAUUUUUAAAUUUUCUGUAUGCGCUAGUGAAAAAUUAUAAGACAAGCCUGAAAAUAGUUGUUUAAAAUAAUAUAAAAACGUUUAAAUAAACGAAAAAAUAAAUGUUUAAAUAAAAUAAAACAUAUUAAUUAAACAAUUACUGCAAAAACAAUAAAGAUUUAAAUGUUUCAAGCUAUUUUUGAAAGUUCCUCUUAAAUUAAAGUAAAUUGUUGUACAGCGUUUUAAUCGAAAACAAGCCAAACAAAAUGUCGGUGGACAUAAUUGAGAGUAUUACUAUACCACCACUUAAAAGAUUACGCUCCUCUAGCGAGAGCAAUACCUCCAAAUGUGGUGAGGUAUUUGUAACAAAUUGUGCCGACAAAUGGACAUUUUAUUGCAGCCAUUGUCAAUUGUCUACUACAGAUAUAGGCGUUUUCGUUUGUCACAUACGCCUGCAACAUUUAAACCAACAACAGCAACAACAAACACCGGCUCAGGAAACUCCACAAAAUGAUACGCCUAUUACAAUUGCCUCGUCGCGACAAAAUGUUGCGGUCUUGACUCCUACACCGCCACCGCCUAUGACCUCCAUACCAAGAGAUAAUUUGAUAGUACCGGAAAUUGUAACCGCUAAAGAGCCUGAAAAUGAACAAAUGCAAAGUGAUAUAGUUAAAGAAGAACCAACUGUAUCAAUGAAUCAAUCCAAUAUGGACUAUGAGGCUAUUUGUUCAAAAGUUUCGAAAAUUGUUGAUAUUUCUACGUUAACCCAGCCCGAAAGUAAUAAUGAAACUACAGCAGAUGUUCCUAGCGAUAAGGAUUUUUUUACAAUAACUGAAAUUAAACAAGAAGAAACUCAAGUAAUCUUGAGUUUCAAAAACGAAAAUAAUGAAAAUGACAGCGAUAAAGAGGACAAAGAAGAGUUCAAACCUAUUGCUGACAUUGAAGAAGGAGAUGGCUAUUAUUUUGAAGAGAUCCCCAUUGUAAAAAAUGAAGCUUUAGGGGAUCAGCUGGUAAUAGAACAACAAAAACCACAAGAAAACAUACAAAUUUUUUAUAUAAGAGAUGUAGACGAAAACAAUGAUGAAGAAGGGGGGAAGAUUACACUAACUACUGAUGAAGAAGAUGAAGACGAAGAUGAGGACGGGGAAAAUGAUGAAUACGAGGAUAUUGACAAUAUCUUAACGGAGGAUCAAAUUACAAGUUUAAAAUGUACAUAUUGCUAUAAACUUUUUGAUGAUAAAACCACUGUCCUUAAUCACAUAAAAACCCAUCAUUUGAUAGAUAAUGUCAAAAAUUAUCCCUACAGUUGUCAUAUCUGUAAAAAAGGUUUCAAAAGUAAAAACGGUAUAAAGGGCCACUCCAGAUUACAUGAGACAAACAAUCAAUUACAAUGUCCUAUCUGUCCGUCAACACUGGAUAGAACAUAUUUUGUGACACACGUUGUAAUGCACGAAAGUGAAACAUGUUUUCCUUGCCAGGUUUGUGGUGAAAUCUAUGACAGCCAUGAGAAACGUCUUAAUCAUUGGCAUACUCAUGUAAAGGAACAACCAUACGGCUGUAAUUAUUGUUUUCGUCGUUAUAAGAAAGAGAAAUAUCUCUUUAAACAUCUCGAAUGUCACAAGCCCCUGGAGUGUUGUUUCUGUAAGAAAGAAUACUAUUCAGCUGAUACACAACCACGUCCUCCCUUCAUUUGCCGGAGUUGUAUUAAUAAGCCGGGCAUGAAGGAAAGCGCCAAAAAAUUGAGGUCAAAAUAUCGUCAAACGUCAAAGGAAAACUCUAUAAAUCUCGCGGAGGAUGAGAAUGACUCGCAAGAAGAUGAUUCAGAUGUGGAAUUUGUGGAGGAUGAAAAUAAGCCUAGCAGCAGUGCUUCAUUGUAUCAUAAGGAAAUCUCUGCAACCCGAGAAGACAAUACCAGCAAAACUUUAAAUAACCCUAGCGAGCCCCUUCCAUUCGAGAGCGUUACAUUUUGUGACUCAGAUACUCAAAAUAUUGAUGGAGACUCUGACGAAUCAACAGAUUCUGAUGUAGAAUUUGUUAAUAUAUUACAUAAACCUGAUGCAUCAAAACCCGCAAAUAGAGGCCGUCGUGAAUAUAAGUGCUGCGGUAGAAAUUUCCAUAACAAUAGAAAUCUAAAUGCACAUAUCUCAAGAGAACAUGGGCCCAAUAAGAAAAGUUUUAAAUAUAAAUGUCAAUAUUGUAAGAAAUCUUUUCAAACUAGAUCGGGUAAAGUUUUUCACGAACGGACUCAUGAUAAAAACAACAAAUUUCAAUGUCCCCUUUGUCCUAAUGCAGAAUUCCGAGAGAAUAUCUUCUUAUCGCAUGUUAUGUUACAUGAAAGUGAUACAUGUUAUCCGUGUCAGGUUUGUGCCCAGAUUUUCAAGACUUCCGAAGAACGUCUUGAACAUUGGCACACACAUGCCGAGGAGAAACCGUGUGCAUGUGAAAUUUGUCAUCGUCGUUUUAGGAAACCCUUUAUAUUAAGAAAUCAUAUGCGUAUACAUGGCUUUUACGAGUGUCAAUUCUGCGGGGAUAAUUUCGAAUCAUCGCAAACUCUACGGCAUCCCUAUGUUUGUGGUAAAUGUGAAAAAAUUCCCGAAAUUAAGAAGACUGUGGAGCAUCAAAGAACUUUGGCGGAUAAUAAGCGUGUUUUUGAAUCGGAUGAAGAGGAAUAGAGGCAGACAUUGUCAAAAAUAACAACUUUUUAAGAAAUUCCCAAAAUAGGGAUUUUCCAUAAACAAUUUGGGAAUUCGAAAUUUUUCUAAAAAUGUUUAAUUUAUUACAUUUUAAUGAAUAUACA